AUGGCUGACCUGAUGGUGGUCAGCUGGGGGGAGAGGGCGGUCGGUUUUCUUGACGCGGUGAGGAAGUCGUCGGCGAUAUCUUCGAAGAUGGAGCAUCUGCGGCAGCUGAAGGAGGUGCUGUUGCAGAGGGAGCCUCUCUUGCUGCACGACUUCGUGCCGCAGCUCGCCGAACUGCAGACCGGGCAGCCUAGCCCCGUCCGCAAGUUCCUCGCCGAGUAAGCAUAGUGUUUUUCUUCUUUCUCGAGUCUCUCUCGUUUUUUUCUUCUUCGUUAGAAGUGCAAUAAAAUUGAAUAACGGUAGAUAAUGGAUGUAGUUCGUGCAGAUGAUAAACCAAAAUUGCAAACUCCGUAUUCGGAAUAAUAUCUGUGAAAUGUCUAUGGUCAUAUUACUGAGAAUGUCUGUGCGUGUCAAUGGUCAUAUUACUGUGUUUCAAGCCUAAAUCAUUGAAGGGUUCGCUACAAAAAUAGAUAAAUCCAUGUCGGCAAGGAUGUUUCAAAUUCACCAAUUCUAACUAUUUUUUUGGUUUUAUUAGAUUUUUUGUGGUGCUCAACCGGAUUUUCAUAUCCUGUUAUUGUUUUGCUUAUGAUUAGAAUAUGCAGUUGUGCAAUGUGCUGUUUACUUACUCUUACUGUCAUGUUAUGUAAACUUUACCGGCUAGUUAUCAGUUGAGUUGUAUUAAAAAAAUUAAAUGGCAUCUCUAUAAUACACUAUUAUUUUGGUCAUACUUAAAAUAUGUGGACUUUGAAGCAAUAUCCAAUUUUUUUCCUUUAAGCAAUGCAUGUGAACAAUAAGAAGAAUAAAAUGAGGAAACAAAAAUGUGACAUAAAUUAAUAUGUUGACUAUGAUUUCAUAUAGAAUAAAAUAUUUACCGUAAAAAAUAUAGAUACUUCCAAAUACAAGGUUUUCAAGAAUAUUUUAAACUAUCUGCAUGUUUUUUCGGGUCGAUUAACUUUGUACUGAGCUUUUCCAUUAUCUCUUUUGAAGUCCAUGAGUUCAAUAUAUUUCUUGAUGGGAGGUCUUUUCUGUCCGCAGGGCAAUUAAUGAUAUUGGCAGAAAGAAUAUGGAUUUGCUACCCGAAAUGAUUCCUACUCUUAUUCAACUCUUAAAGGAUGGCACUCCAGCUGUGGCUCGUCAAGCUAUUUCUAGUGGAACUUCUUUGUUUGAAAGUAUUCUAGAAAAGCUAGUUAUGCAGGCAAGUUAAAAAAUAUCUUCGCCAUUCAGAUUUUUGGGCGAAUACAUGUCUUAUGUUAUUUUAAUAUUUUCACAUUUGAAUGAUCGGAGUAUUGUUAUUUAAUGCUUUCUUUCUUUCUUUUCUUCAUAAUUAUUAUUUAUCAACGAUGAAUUAGGAUCAUUUGGUCUCUUAUUUUUUCAGUUCAGGGUUAUCUAAUAAAAAUAAUUGCAGCAUGCUUGGUUGACAAUUGAAAAUGGAAUAUGAACUCAAUUGGGGAAACAAUGAACGUUAUCUAUUACUAGCAAGUCUAGCAUUCACUUGAGCUCGUGUUAAGGUGUUGGUUGGCAGUAAAAUGAUGAAGAUUGAAGGAUGCACAUGGAUAGUGAGCCCAUCGAUAAUCGUAUGAAAACUCAAUGAUGGAUUCAAAAUUUAUGUAGUUUUUAGCAAAGACUACAGUUAAACCUUUAGGACAUACAGUUUGACUGGGAUGUUAUGUUCUUUUGGACUCUCAAUGCUGUGUACAUAUUAUGAGCUCUCAUUUGGAAACUGAUAUUGGUCUACUUUGAAGUUAUGGUCGGACAUAGGAGGAAUGAAUGUAUUUAUCACAUUCUUUGUCUUAGAAAUACUUUGACACAGGAUGUACAUCAUGCGAAGAAACGUUCAUUCAUGAAUGUAAGAUGAUUUUUGUGAGAUUUUUCGCUUUUUUUAGUUUCUAGGGAAGAGCUACUUUUCAUUUAUGAUUCCUCUUACUGAUUGCAUGGGAAAGUAGACUUUCAUUGGUCUACAUCUGCAUACGGUUAUGAUUUUAGUGGGAUUAAAGAUGCCAGAAGUUUUUCUCCUUUUACUUUAUGAUUUUUCUUAACCAUACGGUUAUAUUAUAUUCAGUGCGUCUGAUGUCAGGAUUGGUGCUAACAUGAGUCAAUAAAUUUGCCCUUUUGCCUAUUCAAUGAAAAAGUCAGUAAGGUCAGAGUACUAUGGUUCAUGUUUGGUUACAAGUUCUGGACCGUCAUAUAUACACCUAGACAAUGGCAUUGCCAUUUGCUGUCUCAAGAGUUCAUGUUUUAUCUUCAGGCUUUUAGGUAGAUGAGAUCUCAUGCUAUGCUAAAUUGUUAGACAUGUCAAAGAGCCAGUUUCUCUAGGAUUUACAGCUAUUUUAUGGAACCUUGUCUUGUUGUUGAGGACAUGUUGUUUAAUGCUGUGAGUCGUUGCAGUGUUUACUUAAUAUUACGGGUGUUCAUGUUCAAACGGUUGAGAGGUUUAGCAAAUAGUACAUUUGUUGUCCUGAUUUUGGAAUGAUUAUUAAUAGUUCAAAGGUGGAUACGAUCAUAUCUUUAUGUACUUUUUGCUUUAAGAUGUCAUCUUUUUUGCUAUGAAAUUCCAAAGGCAUCAUGAUCUCUAACUUGGUAAUUAUUUAGAAUAUCGAACACUCGCAUUGUGGAAAUAAGUUCACACCUUUUAAUAGCCAAGGGAAAAAUCCAUGUCUCAUUUAUGUACGAUGAUAAAAUUCAUAUUACCCGAAACUCAAAAAUAGAUUUCAAAAACUAUAAUUUAUCAAGUGUUUAAGAUGCUGUAACAAAGCUAAGCUUUCGAGUUGGAAGUGAUCUUUAAUGAUAAAUUCGGAGUCCAAACUCUAAUUGCUUGUUUGUGCUCAUUAUUAUGUUCUCUAUUCUGCACUUGGAAGUUGGCAUGUGCAUAGGGGGAAUGCAGAGGUAUGCACAUAAUCACCUAAACGCUAUACUCAAUGGAGAGAUUUUAUCGUGGAUUGUGUUCAUAGUUUUCCAACCAUUGCUCAAGAAUACCAUCCUUUUUUUUUGGUAGCUGGUCGGCUUUCAAAGAGUCAGCACAUCCUUCUUUGUAGUAAUUCCACUUGUGAGUUUCGUGUGGCCAAGCUAAUAUAUGGUGGGUCGUCAGAUUGCAUAAGCUGGCAAUUUCCAUCGUAUUUCAUUAUUAUCCCAAGCUUGACAGUUAUUUUUUGGAACAGUGUGGAAUUUAUUUUAUCUCUUUUGUACGUUACCCUCAAAGACAAGACUAUACUGAAGGUUGAACUUGGUUCUAAUCGAUUUCCCUCAUUUCUUUGUUAUUGAAUGUUGUGAAUUGGGAUUCUUACCAAUCAUAUAGUCUGUUAUAGCUCUCUCUCGCUCCCUCUCUCUCUCUCUCUCUCUCUCUCUCUCUCUCUCUCUCACACACACACACACACACACACACACACACACACACACACACACACACACACACACACACAUACUACUAGGAAGAAUCUUUUUAAAGCCGUCCCCCUAUUGGUCUAGUUGUCCUUAUACCUGAUACUUGACCUUCUGGGUAUGUUAACUUUUGCCCGUUAAAUUCGUGCUUGCAUGCGGAUGUUAGAUGUAGAACGACUUUACUCGAGAUAGUUGCAAUUGUUCCACAGAUUUUACAGUAGGUGUAUGAAAUUCAAUGAAGGCACUUAGGUAAUGGUUCCCUGAAGAAAUGUUGAAAAGCUUUAAGCACAAACCAUUGGCCGCUUUUGCAACAUCUCCAGGGGUCGAACACUUUUUAGAUUUGUCUUUGAAUAUUAAUACUAUUCUUCAGUAUUUAACAUGGAGGAUUUUUUUCUCUGUUGAGACCUUUGAGCGUCUAACUUGAGUAACCCACAUGUGAGCAUCUUAUGCCAAAAACUACCCUGUCUUAUUCUCCACUUUGAACGAGAAAUAAUAUUGAUCUCAUUCAUGGAAGAUUGUGAUGCUUUUCAUCUUGAUUGUCAGUAGAUAAACUUCUUGUUAAGUAGAUGACUCAUUUUGGAAUCAAGACAACUUAAUUUAUAAAGGAUGAGUUUUGCUGCCUUGAUACACAAUUUUUCUAUUGUCACGACUUUUGCGUGUCAGAGCUGAGUCCUUGAAUCAAUGGAGUUUUCUGCAUGUUCUAUGCAUACAUCUUGGACAACCAUGGUGUCCAUUGAGGAUCUGAUUUUCCUUCUUUUAUUUGGAGUUUUCUUUUUCGUUCAUGGACUAUUCUUUACAGGGAUAAUCUUUCAGUUUAUCUAUGUUUUAGUAUCAAACAAGUUUCAUCAGUCUCUCUUUCUCUCGCUCUGCACUUUGGUUUCUUUUAACGUUUUACUUUCAUUGAUAAUAAUUUCCGAUCGCUUUAAUGGAUAAUAUGAUCCAUGGGAAUGUGUAAAUAUGGUGAAAUAUUCUGACGAGUGCAACUCUUUUCAUGGGCACAUGAGUCUAUUUUCUGCUUUUGCUGACAUCAUAUUUCUAUUUCUCCUUUGGAAAAAUGAACUUUUGUCUUCACUUCUCUUGUCUUUUCUCUUUUCCAGGGUUUGCACUCAGGUGAAAUUGAACAGUCUUUGGAUCUGUCAUGGAAGUCAAUGUUGACAUUUAAGGAUUCUGUGUUUCCAAUAGCUUUUCAGGUAGUUUUACUUUUUCUGAGGAGAAUUGCUCGUUAGUCUGUACUGCUGUUCUGGUUCUGACUUGUCACCUUAUCUGCAAGCCUGGCAAUGACGGAGUAAGGUUGUUGGCUAUAAAGUUUAUUGAAAAGAUGAUUCUUCUGUACACUCCAGACCCUAGUGUUUCGUCAGAGCCACCCGGUGAAGUUGGCAACGGUAUUUAUUGACAACCCUGCAUAUAUUAUUAUACAAUGACCCAAUAAAGUACGUCUUAAAUUGGAUAAUGUUUUUGGGCCUGUGAUCAGGUUUCAGCAUAUCAUGGGUGCGUGGGUGCAAUCCAGCGCUUGAUGUCAGUGACCUGGCCACUGAAUCUAGUCAAAGCUUGGGCAUGCUACUUGACCAGCUUAGAAUGCCUCAUGUACAAUCUCUCAGUAAUUCUAUUAUCAUUGUGUUGGUUAACUGGUUAGUGGAUCAUCCCACUUGUUUUGCCUUCCUUUUUCAGUUAAUGUAUUGAAGUUUUAAGUACAAAUCAUAGUUUUCAUUUCACUCUACUUCAGAUGGUGAUUCUGUUUAAGUCUCUCUGUGGACUGUUGUCGCAUUAGUAGCCAACUUAAAGAUAAGGAAUAUAUGUAUGCUAAAUCCCAGCGGGUUCGCAGUUGCUGACAAUUCUAUUGCAAUCAUACAGUCAAUUGUGUAUAACUCAUCAACCUAUCUAACCAAAUGUAUCAGCUCUCUUGUGAACCUGCAUAACAGCCAUAUUUUUCUUUCUUAUCAUUAAUUCACGAAUUAAGUCCUUCUUGAGGAAGCUAUUCAGUUAUGAUUAUAUUCUUCUAUUGAAUGGUUCCAUUGCAUCCCAUGUGUGCUUUAAUCCUGUGUAUCAAUGUUGGGAAUGUCGGUACUGGUUUCCCACCUCCCCCACCCAAGUGAAAAAAGUAUAUUCCAAGGAAGGACGAUUGGUAUACAUUUGAGUAUUUUCUUAAAUGAAGCUUAUCAGGAGCUCAACUGCCAGAUAAUUCAUAAGUAUUGUCCUAUUAAAGGCCUGAAGGUAGAUAAUUUAUGAUGAUAGUAUUUAAUAUCAACUGAAUAUAGAAAAUCAUUCCCGGUUGGAAAAUUGAAUGGAUUAAGCUCCAUGUAUUGCACCUUGUUCUCUUUAAACUGAUGCUUAUUUCAGUUAUAACCACGGCAUGACUGAUCCCCAUUGUGUUUUGCUUUCAUUUUGGGGAUUAAAGGUAGAGACAAAAACAAUGACCACUUUGCGAAUUAACUUAAUGAAUUCCUAUGAAUUCUGCAAUCAUCCUUUUUUGAUUUGAGCUCUACUGCAAACUUUUCUGUUUUGGAUUGUUUGGCUUUCUCCCAGUCAACGAGACUUAUGAAUCUUAUAUUGUUUAUGAGAAGCCCUCGUCAAAGUAUGAGAGGUCUUCUUAAAAAUAUCACACUUGUACAUUGUUUUUUGCAACGUUGUACUUGUAGAGUUUCAUGUGAGGAGAAGGAAAUUCAGCAAAUAUAAAGCACAUGGAAAAUGACUAAUGAGCAUUAUGGUACUAUUGUCAUGCUUAGUGAGAGUCUCGACUCUACAGGGGGGGGAUUCUCAACUUGAGGUCGUAUCAGUAGGCUUGAAGUUUCAGUGUCCUGGGCUAUAGGAUGGACAACAUUGGUCUAUAGGAUGGUACUGACGCGUACAAUGUCUUGGGUCUUAGAUUCUAGGUUUAAUUAGUCAUCUUGACCUUUUAUUUUGUGGUUUAUUUAUCAUUUGGUAUGAUUCUCAACGGAAUGCAUCAAAAAAUGGCUUUCGAGAUUCGUGUAUUGUGAACCGUUGUCUUGGUGAAAUUUCCAUCUGAGGCGACAAUUAGCACUUGAGGAAAGUUAGUUAAUAACUUGAUGAGCAUUAUAAUGCUAAGUGAGGAUUUAGCUUGUGCUUAUUGAUCAGUUUCUUAGGCAUUGCCCUUGUGAGAAGGUGGCCUGGAUGCCUGGACUGCCCUGGGCUUUUAGCAUGGAUUUUGGUUUGCUUGAGCAAUUUGGGUGGUGGUGCCUAGGAUUUUUGAGAAACUCUCACUGGCCAAAAAACGCAUCACGGGUUCUGUAAAUUUGUCGUGAGAUGGCACAUUUCAGAGUCUCAUACCGCAGAGAACUUUGCAGGUUCAUGACGAGAACCAACGUUUUGCUCUCCAUAAUGUGGUUCUACCAGGAAUCACGGUGGUCUGACUCUGAUAUGCUUGCUGCGAGCACAAGUGCAUGAUAUCAGCAUCAUGUUUGACAGAUUAUAGCCAAUGUAUCAUGAUCCAUUGCAUACGAUUGCAAAUGCGUGGUGGCCAUGCCAUGCAUGGCCAGACUCUAACAUGUUGCCAUUCCCUUGAUACUGGGCAUUGCAACAUCAAUUUAGAAGUCAACAAAAUUGUGCGAGAAGGGAACUACACAAGUUUAGGGAUCCCAUUCUGAAGCUUCUGUUUAGUAGAAUUUUUGAUGGUCCAUGUGCUGGUCUUGAAGCAGUACUUUUUUAACCUUUGAUUAGGCAAUAAUAAGUUAUUCUUUUGGUUCUGUACUUGUAAUUUUGAAUAUUAAUAUCGAUUGUGCAGAAUGCCUAAUUCAUUUUUCAAGCUAGAAAUUUAUUGAGUUUCUGUGAAAAUCAAACCUAUAUUCGGAAGCCAAAUCGAACAAAUGAAGAUGUGAUUCUUAUGGGUCUGAUGUAGACAACAAAAUGGCGUUACUUAUUGUUCAGGUUGUAAGGUUAGUUUUUCGAGAAGGAACACCAUCAACGGUUUAGUGUAGGAAUCAAACUUGCAACGAACGAAAAAGUAUGGAUUGUUUUAUUAAUAAAGAUUGUAAACCUAGAAUAUCUAGUCUUGAUCGGCAUUGAUAACCAGAAAUACACAGACCUUUACAUGGAUCAUGGUUUUUCCUAUAUCCUGAUAAGUAGUACAAUCUGUUGCCUAGUAUAUCUGUUGCCAAGGUCAAAAGUGGCACUAACGGUGUUGAAGACCGUAUUAUUGGCACAUGUAGUUAUGCGCGAGUACUAGAGGGUUGUUUGACAAGACUGCGUAAAAUUUUCCAUUAUCAGAGUAGUGGCAAAUUUAUGACUCACAUUGCAUAUUUUUACCCUUUAGUUUACUUUUCAACCUGUGAACAAAAUAAAAUACUUUUGAAUAUGUAAGCAUAAAUAAUUGAAUUAUGUUAUUAAACUUUUUUAAGAUGACAGAACGACACUUUAUUUUGUUGUAAAUCUAGAUGCAUACUUGAGGAAACAAACUUGAACUGAAAUUCUCAAUGACCUUAUCUGCAUCCAAGAUAGCAAGCAACUAAGAGGAAGAUUCUUCAUGGGCAAAAAGUGAAUUUAUUUUGUUGAUGACAUAGUUUAAGUGGUGAGCGGAUGACUUGAAAGUCUAUUGGAGGCGGUUUUGUUAACUUUAAACUUGAGAUGACCUGAUAUUGAUAUUGCAAUGUGUGGAUCUGAAUUAGUUGAAUGAUGCAAUCAUUCCAACAUAACCAAGCUUUUGUCAAAGUGGAAGAAAUAUUACUAUUUCUUUACUUUCUUUCUCGUUAAGGGCUGUGUAAGAUGAAUGUGAAAAUUAAACACUCAUUUUUUGGAGGUAGACUUAAAUGCUAGUGAAGAUAUCAAUAUUAAUGAUGAAUAAGAUAUCACUAUUUAGGACAGUGAAAUAACCUAUGAAAAUCCAGUAUAUUAUCUAGCAAAGACAAGACCCAUGGUGUUAGGAUUUAUACUUUUAGUAAUAUAACUCGUGAUAAGUUUAGGGAUUUUUGAAUAUUUAUAAUUUUUAUGGCAUUUGCAAUUACGAUCAGUGAAUUCAUGUGUAUUCGUCUUAUCAAUCAGACAUUUGAAAGUUUCCCUUUAAAAUGAUCUUCUUACGUAAUUGAAAAAAGAUGUUGCCUACCCUCCUUGCCCUGUCAUGUAAGCAUAAGGCGAUCAACCGAGAUGCUAGUCCCUUAAAUUUUUUUAUUUACUUUAAUAUAGUUAUCCUCAUGUAAGGGUUCUUAGAUUCUCAACUUGAAGACUUUUUAUUCUUUGAAAAGUUGUUUUGGAGUCCUGGGUCACACAUGAUGGACGUGACUAGUCUUGGAAUCUGGUGAUAAAGACAAGAAUGAGAAGUAUUGGAACCUAGGAUGCGACAUUUUAUAACUAUAAUGGAACAUUUCAUCUAUUGAUUGGUUUUUCAUCCUUUAGUUGUCAUCAGAGUCCUGGCUAAAAGUGGGUUUCAAAGUAGUAAGUGCUGCCAAAGGAAAUGACAAUACCUAUGCCAAGGAAAUAAGAGAUUCGUGAGAUGUCAGAGGUGGGGAAAUUGAGGUUUCGGAAAAUUUCAUGAACCCAUAAACACGUUCUGUGGACAUAGACCCAUAGAUAGAGUUUUUCAAGAAACCAUUGGAAUUGAUUGAUACCUUCCUCAAAAAAGACUGGACGAAAAAUAGUAUGUCCAUUGUUUGGACCGUAUGGUUAAGAAAGCCAGUAUGCAGGUAAAAAAAUAUUUCGUUGUAUUCGUCUAGUGAUAUUUUCAACCAAGUCUCUUGUCGGAAUGGAUUACUUUUUUUCUUUUUUAUUGAUUCUUUUACCUUGGCAAUUUUCUCUAAAAGGUAAUGUUCUCGUACUGUAAUAGUAUAUUAACUGUGCACGGUAAAGUCAUGCUCGUGAUUUAAUGUAGCAGUAUUGUACAUUGUAAAUGUCGUUCUUGCAUUUUGUACAUUGCGUGAUUUAAUGUCUAUUUUUUCUGAUCAAUUUUUUUUUGUGUUUGAUUUGUCUUUCAGUCUUUCAGCUAUUGCAAAGAAAAGACCUUCCUUCUAUGGGCGAGUACUGCCUGUCUUACUUGCCUUGAACCCAGAAAGUACAGUUAUUAAAGGAGUGGAAGGCCCUGGCGCUUAUCAUGGCUUGAAGAGUGCAUUUGUGACCUGCUUGCAGUGCACACAUCCUGCUGCAGCGCCGGUAUCUUUGGAUAUUGAUCUUUGUGUUGGCUGUGCUAGAAUAGUGUACUGUUCGUUACCAUUAAAAUUUGUAGUAUUAUAAAACUUAUAGAGAACAACGUCUAAAAAAAAUCCUACUUCGAAAAGCUAACUAUAAGGAGCAACCACUCAAUGAUUAGUUGUUUCCGUUUCAUUUCUCCAAUGGUAUAAGGCUAUAUAGAAAAAUGUGCCAGAAAUAAAUACCUUUCGUUAAAGUUGACUAUGAGCCACUGUAACCUAUGGUUGAUAUUAAACAUGGCAGGAUAAGCCUUCGAUAGUUUUUGUCAAAUGCAUGGUGAGAUGAACUUGCACACGUGUCUUAUUUUCUCGAUGUCUUAUUCUGUAACUUCCAUGGAGAACGACCAAGUUUGAGUAUUAAUAGGUGGAGUCCCUUUCAAAUUGAUUUUCUUCGGGUCAAGUAUUCCUUUGAAAUGUGAUACAAGAACAUAUGUCUAUGGUCACAUGCCGCAUCCAAUUUCUUUUCUCCAUUGUAUUGCCUAAAUUAUGUUAAGUCCUAUAAAUCAAUCUCAGUGCAUCCUGCAUCUAGCUUGGAACUCGUCUUUCUAAUAUGACGUUCUAAUAUUUUUCCCCCAGAGCUUUUUGCAUGCAUUUUUUCCGAUUGAAGUAGUUUUGCAGUUUUUCUUUUCCGAUAUUUUUCUAGAUAUAAUCCAUAGAAGUUUUAAUAGAGAAAUGUGCUUGGGAACAUCCAUAUAGAUGCUCGUAUAGAAACAUGCAUAUAAACACUUCCACCCACACAGGUGGUAUAACUGACUUUUAUUUCUUUCUUGUGACGAAAAUUUAUGGAGCAUACUCUUUUCCCAUGUUUUUUUUUCCUUCGAAAAUUUUGAUUUUUUUUCUGCCUUGUUAAUAUGAACUGGAUUUAAUGUAGACUUCGCUUGUAUUGUGUAACCACUGUAUGCGGGGGAAAUCAUGUUAUCUCAUGGUCCAUGUAGUGGCGUCCCCGUUUAGAGGAAGCCUUAAAGGCGUUGAAUGCUGGAACAUCAACUAACCAGCCUGUUCGUGUUGAUAUGGACCAUGGAAGUAUUUCGUCAGCAACCAUGGAGGAUAAAUUGUCUGUUAAGGUACUUCUAUUGCGUUAAAUUUCAAUUUUUUCUUAUUGUGUUUUAAUGUCUUACCUUUGAAUUCAAUAAAUAUUUUUAGGACGAAAACGUAUUGUUCGGGAGAAGUAAUGAGGUCCAAGUUGAGCCAACAAGGAAAAGAAGCAUAAAAGAAGAACCUAAGGAUUGCAUGGAUGAUGAUAUUACAUAUGGGAAGCGAGCUAGAACCUCACCAGUCAUGUCUCAAGAGGCCGUGACAGAAUCAGCCCUGCCUAAUCAAGAUCGUGUUUCUGAUGUCCCACAGAAUAAUGUAAAGGCUUCAAUGGGUGUUGGAGACAACGGACCUAUUGAACAACUUGUGGGCACGUUUGGUGCAUUGGUUGCCCAGGGUGACAAAGCUGUGCAGUUGUUAGAUAUUCUUAUUUCAAGCAUUUCCUCCGACUUGUUAGCAGAAGUAGUGAUGACUAAUAUGCGACAUCUACCACCAAGUUGCCCUAAGAUUGACAAUGAGCAGGAGGAAAAUGACAUUGGUUUGGAUUCCAGCAUGGUCGGCGGCGGUAAGGCUUUUAUUCGGCCUUCAUUUUUGCUUGAUAUUUUGUCACUAUCAAGCGCAUCAACUCCGGCUCCUUCUGUAACUGAUGAUAUUUCUGUACGUCCCUUUUUCUUUUCUUACAUAAGAUGAGUCUGCGAAUAAAUUUAUCUCAUUUUUAUUUUAGUUUAAAUAAAGCACUUUCAUAUUUCUUUUUAGUUGAUAUCAAAAUUUUCAUUUGUUCUUUAAUUUUUGUCAAAGCUUCAAAUGAAGAAGGAAGUGAAAAUAGAGAUCAUGGUUGACGCUACCUCGAUUUCUACUUGUGUUCAAGAUGAUGCUAAGAAAAUAUCUUAUGUUGAUUCUAUGCAAUCUGGUGUAUCAACUACGGCAAAUAUUUGUGGGACUGCUGAUGUUCCGCCAUCUGUUAGUCAUAGUAUAGAAGGAUCUCAGAGUAGUAUACCUGGUCUGGGGACCGUUGCUCACAAUGAAAUGUCAGAACUGGCAAACAUUUCGCAAUCGUCAACAUCUGAGCUCGUGGGAUCCAGCCAAGGGAUGGUCAUAAGUUCGGAGAGCAAAGUGCUUUUUGAGACUAAUUUGUCGGGCUCGAUGCCAACUUAUGUUUCAGAGACACCUAGCUCGAGUGCAACUCUUACAGACAGUGGCUUUCCUGCAUCCACAAACUCAACAUCUGUUCCAGUAUCAUCUCAGUAUUCCCUUCCAAAGAUGGUGGCACCCGUCAUCAAUCUUACAGAUGAACAAAAAGAUCAUAUGCAAAAAAUAGCAUAUAUGCGCAUCAUUGAGGCAUACAAACACAUUGCAGUUGCUGGUGGCAUUCAACUACGUUUUGCUUUGCUCGCCUGCUUAGGAGUAGAGGUAAAUGUUUUAAUUUGUUUAGCUGGCUUCUGAUUUUCCUCCAUUGCUUAACUUCGACCUUUUUUUGGAUGAAUUUUACGUGAAUGGCAUUGAAAUUUGAUCUGCGACUGAUCAAAAUCAUAUCAAAGUCAUAUUCGUUCAUCUUCAGACGUGAAAUUUCUUUCCAUCUGAAAGUGAAAUUGAUCCCAUUGUACUCUGUCGUCUAGUUAUUCUCUUUUUGAUCAGUUGGGCCACAUUGAGGAAAUUUUUGUUUUGCCUGAAAAUUCUGUAGGAAACAUCUGUGCUAUAUUAAUAGCAUGACCUACAGUUCUGUAAAAGUGAGAAAAUCGCUGGAGAGCUAAAAAAAGCUUCUGGAGCUUGAACAGACACAUCAUGUUAAAUCAAUUGCCCGAUCUAUAUCCAAUCUGCAACCAAAUGGUUUUUGGUGAAAAAUCUAGGUUUUUUAUUUCUCCAAGUUAAAUUUUAUAUUAAAAAAUAUUAUUUACAUAUCUUUCGAGUUUUUAUUAUUCUUAAUAUUCCUGUAAUUAUUUGUAGUGAUUAUUUCCGUAAUCUAUUCCAAAAUUUAAAUUCGGCUGACCAAAGAUUAAAAUUUCAGUUCAUUUCAUUGAUGUAAUACAAUCAAUACUAUUGUUAGUACUGCUGUUUGUAGAUUGGAACCCUUGGAGGUGGGCUGAUUGGCCAACUAUCGGUGAUCUGGGAGCCACCCAGACUUCUUCCUUCUUUUGAACACGUUUUUUCAGUCUUUUAUUGUCCUCUCUUUUCUUCAAGAUUUCGUUUUUCCUAAAAUCCUUCCUUUGAAAGCUGAAACUACCCGUUUAUAGAGGUCUGACAUUAAGACCAAAUAUGAUUGUUGCAGUCCUGUCAGUCAUGGCAGGCAUCGCCAAAAUCGGUUCUGGGAAUGUCCUUUUUGCAGGACAAUCCAUGAGGACUUCACUGGCCAUAUAUUUGGGCGACCCAUUUGGUAUUUUCUGGAACGGGAUAGAGGAUGAAUUAUCUAAAUCAUUAGUCCCAGACAAUAAUCAUUUCCCCUUGUUUCUCCCAUUCCUUUUAAGCUAAGCGCAUAAACUUGGUCUGGCGCAUCACGGUGAUAUUUCUCUAUUCUAUACUCGAAGCAUGCUGGACCAGCAUGGAAUCUAAAUGUGAAAAUUUGUUCUCCAACUUUGUAUGGCUUUGUAUAACUGUUAUACAGUCUCUCCUGGCUUUCCUGUAAGCAUCUGAGUAUAAUAUUGACCCCCGACCAAAAAAUAAAUGGAGAAUAUGCUAGGUUUUCAGAAUUUGGAUUGAUUUCGUCUAAUUUUAUCUUAUUUUCUUAUCUGAUCAGCUAUCCAUUUUGCAGUUUCCAUUAGAACUAGAUGCAUGGGGGCCUCUGCAAAAGCAUAUGCUGGAAGAUUAUUUGAAUCACGAUGUAUGCUUUCCUACCCCUUAUAAUCUCUCGUCAAUGUCUUGUUUUCAAUCAACAUCUGUGUUUUUUCUUUGCUAUUUUCUAGGAUGGAAUGACGAUCCAUCAGUUGGCCUAAUUAAUCUGCUACUUGGUUUUUCUUUGAUUGUUGCGAUUCUUGUUUUUGCAUUCUGUGGUGCUUUUAUAAACUUCUUUUAACUUGCAUGCUGUUGAAAAUAGAGAAAAAAAACCUCAUCGCGAAGGACAGAGGGGAGAACGGCAGAAACCGCCUCAAGAUUCAUUCAACUGUAACCCCCAUUAUAUAGGGAGUAAUGAUACACAACUUUUACCAAAACACCCUCAACUAAUUACACUAUUUUCCUACGACCUAGAAUUUCCAACACAUGCUUAUGGUACUAUAAUAUAUGUUGCAUGUGGGCUUAUUUUUCUUUCAUUGCACAAAUGUGGCUGAGUUAUCGUUUCCUCCUCUUUUGCACGGCUCUUAACUCGAGUUAUUUAAAAACGUGAAUAAUGAUGUACAAAUAUGAUAUCAGUCUAUAGAUAGUUAUUGUGGGGUAUCAUUCAAGAUAUUGCAUACCAAAAAAAGGGCGAGUCACCAACAAAGUUGGCGCCAUGACCGAUCAACAUUUUACCCAUUCCACUUAGUCGCUCUCAUUAGUCUGAAUGCAUUUUUAUUGAUUUCUCUAAAAACUGGAUCUCGGUCUCAGAUCUCAUGGUAUACAUAAAGCGAGAUGUGAUACAGGAGUAGCAUCUAGCGCUUUUGAUAAGUUCUUUCGCUGCUUUUAAUUAUGUUUCCUUCAAUCUCUGCUUUUAACCAAUUUUAUUUUCACUGAGGUCUUGCUGAAACAGUUCUAGUUUAUUCUGAACUAAGAUAUUACACCUUCAUGUGUUAUCCACUCCCUGAAAAAGUUCUAGCCAAUUAUGGGUUUAUAAAUUGCCAUAGCGAUACUAACUAUGGCGUUGCACCUUUUCAUCUGAUAUGGCAACAUUAUGUGACAUCUACUCACCGCAUUCUUCUAACAUAUUCCUAACAUACGCAGGAACUUCACAUCUUCUUUUUGUAUGUCAUUAUGACUGUUGGUAUUCCUUGAUUGAUUAGUUUCUUAAACAGAUAUUAGGCUUGACUAUAGUUGAAUUUUUUUUAAAGUAAUCCUAAGAUUGAAUUUUCUGAAGUGGAUUGCCAUCAGGAAUGAGGUUUUUGUAAUUUGUAUGGGUCUUUUCCCAGGUCCCAUAUAGGACAUUUCUGAUAUAUACCAGCUCGGGUACUGUUGUAUGCCAUAGAUGAUGGCACAAUUGAUUUGUCCGAGAGGAUUUCGCUUUCUUGUUUGAAAGAAAAUCCAUGUGAUUUGGGUAUCUAAUCAAAUUUUCUUCUAAUAACCAAGUGGUACUCAUAGUGAAUGAGUACAGUUUAACAGGGUAAUAUUCACUAUGUUGCCCUGUAUCUUAAACGUAAGGAGUCAAUGCCCCUUUUGGACAUGGAGAAGUGUUUCUACAUUGCUGGUGUGAUUCCUUCUCGUCAAGGUGAACUUAAAAUGUAUUAAUAUAGUUUGGUAUUUUAACGUAACUUUUUACAUCCUUUAAUUUAAACUGAAGUCCCUAUCUUUUCUGUUUUUAUUAUACUCGACAUUAUUUGUUCUUAUAUUGUUAGGUUCAUUUGUGUAGUGAUAUUUUUGGGGUUGGCUUAUACAUGAAUCCUUUCCACUGAUUGGAAUCAUUCUAAUUGCAUCUCUUUGAUGAAAGAAAACUCUUGAUUAACCGGCUUAAAAAUGAUGCUAAAAAUAGAUGAAAUUUAAGUGGAAAUUUGAACGGGGAACGAUGUCUAUUUGAAAAAGGACGAAAAUAGUAAAUUGGCUGCCAGUCGGAAGGUAACGGCCAGAUGGUCCAUCUCUCUCGCCUUUGAGGAAAUGUUAUUCAUAGGACCUCGUUGCCCUCCUGAUUGCAUUGUUGACGAGCUCCACUGAAAUCAGCAGUGGGAGCUGGGAAAGAAGUUGGCACAACCACAGAGGAAGAAGCUCUGUUGGAAGGGGAGGAAGGGACCGCUAACUCUGGCAGUAGAAGAAUGAUCUACUGGCAGAAGUGACAGCACGAGCUGAAGGAGUCACCACUUUACAGUUUGACGUAACCAGCCUUCCAUCUUACACUAGCUCCUAUAAGACUGGAGAAUUGUGUAAAACUCAAGCGUUUAAUCUUCCUGUGCAUAAAUGUUUUGAUACCGAAAGAUUAUACUGUCUUUUCAAUGAGAUGGAAAGGCUUUCAUUUCUUCUAGUUCUGAUUCUUCUUCCUUUACAGUUUUUACCUGUAAAAAUGAAAACUUCCUACCCAACGAAGAGAAAGAUCUUUUUAUCACUCCAAGUGUAACACGCCUCAGUGACUCUUGCUAAUAUUUUUUCUUUUUCAGGGACAUGAGUUGACAUUAAAUGUCCUCUACAGGUUGUAUAGGGAGUCAGAACAGGAUAAAGACUUCUUCUCAUCGACAACUGCUAUCUCAGCUUAUGAAACAUUCCUUCUAACUGUGGUGCGUAAUCGCUUUUUCAUGUUAUGACUUGAAUGGAUGUGCUGAUCUGACAGUCUAUCACUUGCUUUUUCUUUGUAGGCUGAGGCUCUUCGCGAUUCUUUUCCUGCUUCAGAUAAGUCUCUAAGUAGGUUACUUGUCGAGGUGCCUUACCUUCCAAAAUCUGUGAUAAAGCUGUUAGAGUGCAUGUGUUCUCCGGAGAGCACUGAAAAAGAUGGCAGGGAAUCUCAAAACGGUGAUCGUGUUACUCAAGGGCUAAGCACCGUUUGGAGCUUGAUUCUACGAAGGCCUUCUAAUCGUGAUAUUUGCUUGAAGAUUGCUCUUCAGGUUGUGAUUCUCCUUUUGCACUUCUGUCUUUGAUUUAUGUACCUCAUGAAAUCAAUCAUUUUUUUGUAUUUAAUUAAAAAUGGAUGUCGUCUCUCUUGUCCUUUCACUUCUCUGAGGAUUGAAUACUGUCUUAGUUUUGUUUAACGGGGAAAUUUCCUUCAAAUUUGGAAGAGGAUGAAGCUUUCUGGCAUUCCUGAUCUUUGUUCUCAUUCCUUUGUUAGAUCAAUGAUGUUCCUGAAACUCCUUCUGUUAUACUUUUUCUUAUCUGGAUGUUUUGAGUGAGGGAUGUAUGAAUGUUCGUCAAAACAUCAGGUAGAUCUUCAAGUAACGAAGUAAUGUUGUAAAAAAUGUGUUUGAAUGAUCUGAAUGUAAAUUUUAUUGUUCCGAAAAAAUUCUCUAAUAUGACAGCAUUUGCAUUUAUCCGUGCUUCUUGUUUUCUUCUCUCUCUACGGGUUCCUUAUUUUAUUAAUUUAAACUUGUGCAUGAAAUUUAGAGGUUUCUACUUUGAAACGGGUCUCCAUUUCUUGCGAUUCCAUCAAAACCUCGCUAUCCAUUUUAUAUCCAGUCUAUGACACUGGAUCAGACGGAUUGAAUCAUGUCUUCAGGCUUGAUUGCGCUUUAUCUUGUUGAACCAAUUAGUUGUGUACAACUUUAAUGGAAAACAUUAUCUCCUAGCAUGUACGUUUAUAAUUUAGUUGAUACGCUGAUGUUUGGGAAAGCAUUACUGCUACCUUUUCUUUUCCUGCUAUGCUUAUUUACAUUGAGAAUUAGAUGGCGUCCCCUUGAAGUAUCGAGCAAGCAUGCAUCCUAGAUGCUUCUUUUUCUUUCAUUGACGAAUAAUUUUGUUUCCCACUUGAGUAGAGCGCGGUUCAUCAUGUUGAAGAAGUUCGGAUGAAAGCAAUACGUUUGGUGAGCCUUUGGACAUCUUGACUAACGGUUUUUCACAUCUUAUAGUUUAAAUAAUUACUUUCUUGUGUUGAUCAAUGCAGGUAGCAAACAAAUUGUUUCCUAUGCCCAGCAUUGCUAAAAAAAUUGAAGAUUUUGCCAAUGACAUGCUUUUCUCAGUGGUGGAUCAGCUUACUCCAAGAGAGGGUCCUGACUCUGAGGGCCUUCCAAAGGUAUUUCAAAAUAAUUUUUCUCUUUACAAUUCUUGUUCUCUGGUGCAUGCUGGGUUCUACAGCAAAACUUAAUUAGUUUUAAUGUUGUAUCAAAUAAGCUGGAAUUGAAUCGGUUCAAUAUGAUGCACUUUAAAGGGGGUCGAUAUGAUUCAACUCAAUUUUUACACAUUUUUGUGGUGUUGAUAUGAUGAAAAAUUGUAUAAAUAGAUAAAGAUCAAUAAUGAUAACAGCAUCACGAACAUUAAAGCAAAAUCACUGGUAGAUGUCUGCAUGUUCACCUUGUAUGAGUGUUUCAUACCAACAUUUGACGUGUUUUCAUUGUGAUUUACUGUUAUCACGCGCCUUCUUACUCCUUUUUUUAAUGUAAACCAUUUUGGGAUCUUUGGAUUAUCAUUGUAUGCCCAAGGAUCUGAUUUCGUUUAACAUGGUAGGUAACACGUGCCAUGGUAUCAUUUGAGGAAACAAUCCAUUAAUUGCUUAGUUAAUUGAUAUCUUAAACAGGAUGCUGAUUCAGGAAGGGAAAUUGACGAAGGAUAUCCACUAGGGUCUGUGAUUAGGAAUGAAAUUUCUUCUGCUAGUAUUGAGACUUCCGGAACCCAAAUUGUAUCAUCCUCUUCAGUUUUGGAGGCUCAAAGACGCAUGUCACUCUAUUUUGCACUUUGCACCAAGGUAUGGCAUCAUAUUGCGUUCCUGAUCAAGUACAGCUGAUGUAUCCUUGACUGGUGUUCCCGUGCCAUUUUGCAAGAGGGUACCAGUGAAAUAAGUUAUGCUAUUCUUUUGAUUUCUCAUUGAAUAAUAUGUCUAUGCGGGUAUGUACAGAAACAUUCCCUUCUUCAGCAACUCUUUGCUAUCUACCGGAGCAUGCCAAGGUCUUCGAAACAGGUGUCAUUGACUGAUUGCAAAGUCGUUAAAAGAUAUCCCACAUUAUGGGACUUGGUUGAAAUAUCUUUUGCCAAUUUUCGUAGCAUUAUCAAUGUGUUCUCUUUGUUGUCUUUUUUUACAGGCUGUUCAUGGACAUAUUCCGAUCUUAGUUCGUACUGUAGGGUGUUCUCCUGACCUUCUUAGAAUUAUUUCAGAACUACCUGAUGGCUGUGAGGGCUUACUUAUUCAGGUUUUCGUGAAUAUGUUUUCUUUAGUUGGUUGUCAUCUAAGAUGAGCCGAAUAUAAUGGUUUUAUUCCUCUAUGAGCAGGUUCUAAAUACAUUAGCAGAUGCGAUGGCUCCUCCUGCAGAAUUGUUAUCUUCUAUCAGAAAGUUGUAUGAAUCUAAACUGAAGGUAGAAUUUAUUGUUGUCCUGGUUAAAUGCGUUUUAAAAAAAAGCAUAAUGAGAACCUUCUGUUGCUUACUUUGGAUCACUUUGUUUCAGGAUGUCGAAAUUCUUAUUCCAAUAAUAUCUUCUCUAUCAAAACAUGAAGUAUGCUCUCUGUCUCUUUCUCACUCAUUUACUCUGUCUGUCUGUCUCUCUCGAUAUGUAUGUAUAUUGAUAUAUCCAAAUAUAUUUAUAUUGUGUUUCAAUCAUUCCUUUGUUGACGUGUUCGUGUAUACACCUAAAAGUAUACUAAAGAUGACCCGGUAGUUUUUGUUUAAUUGUCAUGCCGUUUGCAUUAUGUAACCCAGCACACUGGGAUCGAAGUUUUCUUCCAUUAGUUAUUUCUACACUUAUCAGAAGAUGCAUUCAUUGGAUAUUGCUAAUCGAUGUGGAUGUACUUCUUCUCAUGAUUAUAGGUCCUUCCCAUUUUCCCCAAACUUGUUAAUCUUCCCCUGGAUAAGUUUCAACUAGCUCUGGCACGUAUGUUACAGGUACAAUGCAUACUUUUAUGCCGGGUUUUCCCUCUCUUUUUUGUCAUACAUCUGGUAUAGCUUACAUAUACUUGUGAAUGUGUUAAAAUGUCACAUUCCAUUAUAUUGUAUUUUUUGUAUCUAUAGAUAUUAUCAUUCUUUACCUGACAUACUGAUUUGCAUUUUUUUUUAAGUUGUAUUAAAAUUUCUACUGCUUUUCUGCUUCUACUGUUUAUUGGGGUUUUUGACUGAAACUUUUUGAAGCUAGGAGUUCUACCCUUUUUUUAGCUUAUUGUAUUUGUGUAAUUUUAUACCCUUUUGAAGUUUUUUUUGUCCAACUGUUCUGGUUUUUGCCCCCAGGCUUCCGGUUUUGUUGAUUGUACUACAUUAAGAGGAAUAAGUAUGGUCUGUGAUGAUGUGAUUUUCGGUCUUUUAUGGGUACAAAAUAAAGGAAGUAUGGUGGUAUAAAAUGGGGCGAAAAUUGUACACAAUCAGGCCCAAAAGUAGAAAGGGAAAUGUCUCAAAAAGGAAAAAAGGGAGAGAACUGCACGUUGGAUUGGAUGAUUACGUUUCCAUCAGCUCUGAAGUCCUCUGCCAUACUCUCGGUGGAUAAAAAAAGUUAAAUCGACAAAACCUUGAAGCUUGAAGAAAGGAACUCUUAUAGGGGCACUGAAAACAAUAUUUCCUGUUACUCUUCUCGAAUAUUAUCCAUGCUAACGGGGAUCCAGAUCGCUAGUGGCUUACAUGUGUACUAGCUAGCUCAAGUCCUGUUGGCUAGCUGUGAACCUGUUGACCCAGGAGUUCACUUUCCCGUAUGAGCAUAGCCACUCGAUUGGGGAAUACCCAUGAUAUUUCUGUUUUCUUAUUUUAUAUUAGUAUUUCUCUGGAGAGGACACGUACUCAUUUGUAUAUUUCCCAGAAAGAUCAGCAAUUUUUGCAAAUGUGGAAAAUGCCAUUUGGAAACUGUGUACUUCCAGUUGAACAAGUAUAAGGCAACCCGUCAGGAUUUCAAAUGCAGAAACGGGGCAUAACAUGGAGCUCUGCCAUAACCAGGAACCUCUUUAAUCCCAAUUGAUGCAAUGCUCGUAGAAUUGGGAUUGGAUCUCUUUUUGGCCAUCUCUGAUCCCUGAUUCAGAUCGGAUUUGCCAAGUUAGCCGAUGUAAUAGGGGACCCAUUUGAUUAAAAAGGUAAAAUGAUUUUUUUUAACAAUUAAGAAUAUGUAAGCCAUAAAGAUCCCAUGUGUAAUCGGUUUUAGAGGAUCCCGUCCAUUUCUCCUCGAUCAUCUUCUUUUGGUAGCCAUGAACCUGGAAGGCCACUGAAGUCAGUCCACUGAUCUACGUGAGAUCGAGUGAUUUUAUUUUAAUUUCACCUGCUGUGUACGUCUGGGCUUUAUCCUCAUGAUUGGAUUGAUGACUCCGGAUCCAAACUCUGACUGGAUCAAAGUAUCUACUUAACUCUCGAGUAAUGUCAUCUCCUCCUUUCCCUCCGUGCUGAUAUUUGUCUACUCUUCUAUAUCCCUACCGUCCUGCCUUCCACUUCAUUAUCCUGAAAUAAAGUUAUUAUGGUCUCUUUGGAAAACACGAUGAACAUGCAACUUUGGAUUUUUGAAUGCAACUUAUUGGAAAUUUAAUAAUUAACUCGUCAAUAUGCUGGAGACCCAGCAAAGCGACGUGUCAAAAAUGGUAGAGAGAUUUUAAGGUUAGAACAAUUCGUAGACCACCCCCCUAACAUAGUUAUAUAGUGGGAUGGAGGGGGUUACCUGAGAAGUCAGAUCCUGUAGGCUGGCAUAGAAAAUGAAGCGGAUGUGCUUUUUUUUUUCAACUUCUAGUGUCAACAUACGAGAUUAUCCGAGAACUCUGGCCCUCUAGUCUUUAAAUCUGUCGUAUCACGGUCAAAUUUAUAGAUCUUUUAUACCCUUGGCUUACUUUUGUUCACAUUACUGAUGUUUAUUCGUUCGCCUGUCUUUGGUAAUGUGUUUUCUGAGACAGUGUGUAUGACUGUAUCAUAAUCUUUUUUGUGUGAAACUGUGCAAUUUAUCAUUAAUCUAUAGAUUUACCUAAAAGUUCUCGUUCGUGCCAUCUAUUUUCUCCAACGUAGGCAUAAAAAAACAGAGUGAAUAGAAAACGCACUCUUUCAACCAAUUAUAGUGCAUUUGUACUUCUUUUUAUGUUGGUUAUGUUUAGUGUUAUCAUUCUUCUUAAUUGUAGGGUUCACCACACAGUGGUCCCUUACUAACACCGGCAGAGGUUUUAAUUGCAAUUCAUGAGGUUGAUCCGGAGAAAGAUGGUAUUCCCUUGAAAAAGGUACGGAACUCUAACUUUUAACGUUUUCCGGUCUAAUAUGGAUGGAACAUAAUGAAUGACUAAGAUGGCUAUUCACAGGUUAUGGAUGCAUGCUCUGCUUGCUUUGAGCUAAGGCAGGUGUUCACUCAACAAGUUUUUGCAAAGGCUUUGAACCAAUUAGUAUGCAUCUGACGCUAUCUGGAAUAAGUUUUUACUCGCUAUAUUUAAAUGUUCCAUUUAAAUGUUUUCUUAUUUAGAAUACUCUUGCUUGCAGGUUGAACAAAUCCCUCUUCCGUUGUUGUUCAUGCGUACCGUGAUACAAGCAAUUGGCGUAUUUCCUUCCUUGGUGAGCAAGCAUCUAUAGUGUACUAGAAUGUGGUGCCUGGUUAUGACCAUUCCUCUCAAAAAGAUGGUGUUUGUCAACCCAUGCCUCAUAAACAGAUUUAAUGCGGAAAAUAAUGAAACAUACUAUUCUUCUGUUCUGACAUUCCCCUGCAUCAUUUUUAAAGGCUUUUGAGUUUCAUUAAAUUGAGUCAGUCAUGUAUGUUCAUGUCAUGGAGAAGGCUUCUUGGUGAACUACUAUUUUUUGGUUCUAUUUUUUUUAGAUAUUAUCUUCUUGCUUUCCUCUUGCUUUCGCUCUUUCGUUGAUUGAAAAUGCAUUUUAUAUUCACUCAUUUUUCAUUAAAGUUAUUUAAUUUUAAACUUUUUUUUUUCUGUGAUGUAGGUUGAUUUUAUAAUGGAGAUCCUUUCGCGACUUGUUAACAAGCAGGUGAUGUAUGAAAUAUUCAAUAUGUUUUGGUUUCCGUUUUUCUGGGCACCUAUAGCCAGUAUGGGUCUAUGUGGUCUCAUUCUUAUCUACAUACUCUGUCUGUUGUAUUGCCUUAUUUAGUAGUAUAGCGUCAUAUUACCUUGCCAGUUUGAUAUUUGUCCGUUACUCUGAUUUUAGUUCUCCCUUUACAUAUCACUGCAGAUAUGGAAAUAUCCAAAAUUAUGGGUCGGAUUUUUAAAGUGCACUCUCCAGACAAAGCCACAAUCCUUCGGUGUUUUACUGCAGGUUGGUCUUUAUGGAUUUGCUUUAUAAUUCAAGAACUCUCUUGAUCACAUCCAUGAUGGGACUGUUCUUAUGAUUUCAGCGUAGACUUUUAAGUCGGAUGGAAGCACAGGUUAAUUAUUUUUAGAAUGGUUUAUUAUGCAAGCGGCAUGUUCCCUGUUAUUGCUUGUAUCUAAGAACCUGCCUGAUAAUCAGCUGGGGAGCCUUUCAUUGUAGACAUUCUUGAAUGGUGGAGGUUUAAUAAUUUAUUUAUUUAUUUCCAGAAUUGAAAUGGCAUGAUGCUGAGAACGUAUUUCUGAUGAGAAAUUGGAUUUUUUUUUUUAUAAAAGUUCAUUUUUAAUGAUAUUUAUUGUGCAUUUAUCGGUAACAUUCUUGUCCAAUGCUAUUUUACAUGAACUGAAAAACCUAGAGUAUUUUUUAAAAUGGUAUUUGAAUAUGGAAUUCGCAGUUACAGUCUAAUCCUGUGUUGUUUGACGUAGCAUUAAAUGAUGGGAAUCCAAAGUAGAUCCGGAGGCUAUAUUUUUAAGAGAUGUAAUUCUUUGAUCAUGGUUCUAGCAAAAUUUUAGUGGAAAAAACUUGGUGACUUUUUCACUUCCAAUUUUUUUUUUUUUUUCUAGAUUUUGGUUUUUCUCCCCCCUCCGAAUAAUUGAGUUGACUCGGCAGACUGAUUGAAUCUGGACUCUCAUAUGCUUUUUCGCUUGUUAACAAAAUCUCCAGGAUCUUCUCACCACAGGGAAACUUUUUUCUCGGUUACUGCUCACCUUAUGCCUUAUGUACUUGAUGGAACCUAACAAGUCAAAACAAGUUGGUUUACUGCCCGAAUAGCUGUGUGAAAUCAGAUAUAGUCAACUUCAUAGAUUUAAUAUGUGAUUUUUCUGCAUUUUAAAUUAUAUUUUUUGUUUGAAAAAUUACUUUUGGUCCGACUGUCAUGGCCUCUUUCUUUCUUUUUUUCUUUUUUCGGUCACAAGUUCUUGAUUUUAUUUGAUCAUUGUAGUUUUUGACUGUAGAUUGGAACUUGUGCUCUUUUGUGCUUUCAGUUGCCCGCGGCACAACUUGAGAAUGCCCUGAUCAGAAACCCUGCGCUUAAGUCUCCCUUGGUGGAGCACGCCGGUCAACCCAACAUCCGGUCAACGUUGCCCAGGUUUGCUCGUUGACUUUUAGAUAUUUCUUUCUGACGCUCAUGUGAGGUUGAAUGGGUGGCACUCUCCUGGACUUGUCUUUGGACUCGGGGGGUCAGGUUUGAACGAGGGCCUGAAUGAGGGUGAGCUAAAAACCUUGACGUCUCCGUUGUAAGGAAAUUACUGAGGGAUGUCAACGCUGACUUCACAACUUGGCCAUCUGGGUAGUCUAUCGGAGAAGUUUGAUGAGGGAAAUCGUCGUUGACUUUUCUUUUUGGUCUUCUGGACGCUCGUAAUAGGAAGCUAGAUGUGGGAAACCGACUAUUUGGUCGCCUGGGUGCUUGGUCUAAGAAUCGACGUUGACUUCUGUACUUGGUGUUUCAGGCCUACGCUGGCAGUGCUGGGGCUCGUAUCUGA